CAAUUCACUUCAGAGCCCGACUCCCUUAGUGUCCGACCCUAACACUAAUGUCAUCUUCGUCGCAUUGCUCUCUGUUCGAGCUUGUUGUUGCCGCCGGAACCUCCCUUACCAUGCCGACCUGUUGCAUGGAUCUGAAGCCUGAAGCAUCCUUCCCCGUUGGUAUCCUCAGUUCCUCUCUGCAAUGUGACAUUCUGAGAUCUCCGCAAACACCGUUCUCCUCUCCAGCCCGGUACUGACGCCACUGAUGAUGGAUCCGCCUUGGAGCUUCUGGCCGGCUUGUCUCAGCCGCAACGAUCCUCUGCCUCGAAGCCUCCGCAUAUGACCAGGACCCUCGGCGCUCCCUCCUCGACCUGCUGUCCAAGCUUCGCCGAUGCGGUUGCUCCUUUCCAUAGUUAGCCGCUGCGACGCAAUGGGUUGAUGCUGCUCUCCCCCUUCAGCUUCUUGCAUGUCCCGUUUUUCCAUGUCCACCCUCUGAGGAGUAGGAGUAUUGAAUGUCCACUGGCUCCUAAGAACAUUCUUCACUGCCAUCGCUGCCAGUUGGUGAACUACUAUGUUGCCUUUCUUUGGAGUCCAGGUAGCUCCCACAGCUGGCGCCUCUUCCAGCAGUUGCAGAAUGUCUCUGAGGAUUGCGUCCACUUUCGCUAUAGGCGUUCUAGCCUUAACGGCUUGGACCAAAGUGCCGAAGUUGUGAUAAAUUUUGAUGUUGUCCCAGUGACGAUCUUACCCCGCCAGUUCCUAACAACGACUGCUGAGGCUGCCUUGCCUGUAUCCCUAUGGAAAGCCGCGUCAGUAUUGACCUUCAGCCUAUCUUGUGGCGGGGGUCUCCAGAUCUUUCAGCUGUUUAAACGCUCAGGCUGAUAAAGUUUGGGGAUGGUUAGAGGUAUGUUGUAGAUAUUGAGGUUGAAUAGAACUCUCUUUUGGAGAAGAACCCGAAGUUCUUGAACGAUUCUCCUAUUGAGAGAGGAAAGCUCCCAAGUGCAGAGCUCCACUUUUAAGUGUACCUAUGUUUUUGUUUAGUUUAAUAGCUUGUUAUAUGUACCAAAAAUGUUAACAUCCUCUAGUUUAUUGUUUAGCCCAUCUCAAUGUGCUUUGUGUAGGUUACAAACGAAAUUAACCUUCAGCGUGUUGACAAAACCGUAACCUUAAUGGGCCACUUGAUAAGCCGUAUUACUUAGGGUUCUUAGAAAUGGUAGGUUUAUUACAAAAAGGAUUUGCUAUCCUCUGUUUUAAGAAUAUUGAUUAAACAUACUAUAAUUUUUUUUUA